UUGGCUCACAUCAAGGCAAUAGGUUGGAGUUUGGGGAGACAGACAGUUGUACAAGUGGUAGGAGCGAUGGCCAGACAUCCCUUCGCUGAGAGGGAUAGGCAUGCGCUCUGUCAGCCCAGCCUGCCAGGACCACCCCAUUCUCACCUGAACCACCGCCACUUAGCAGGGCAGGUGAGGGUGUGCACACAAAGCAACUCUCCCUCCAUACCUGGGUUCCAGCCUUUUCUAACCUCCAACACCUUGGAUGCCGGAUUCUUCACAUCCUCUAGGCCCUGUGUGCGCAUGUGGAGCCUGGUGUGGUUGGGGGUGGUGGUGUCCGGUUGGGAGGAGGAUCGGAUUCCUGUUUCCUGCCCCUACUCACUCAGCCCUAGGAGGUGACGGAGAGUGGAGGGAACUGGAGGGGGAUGAUUUCCACAGUACACCUCCCUCCUUGGAAACACUCAGAAGACGAUGUCAGCCCAGUCCCUUCCUGCAGCAACGCCCCCUACCUUGAAGCCCCCUCGGAUCAUCCGCCCCCGCCCCCCUUCUCGCCAUCGGGCUCCACACUCCCCGGGGCCUCCCCAAAACGGCUCCCCUUCGAAAGCACUUCCUCAAAUUCCCAAUGAUGCAUCAGCCUCAAUGUGCACCUCCAUCUUCUGGGAGCCCCCAACAUCUUCCCUGAAGCCCCCUGCCCUCCUGCCCCCUUCAGUUUCCAGAGCCAGUCUGGACUCCCAGACUUCCCCUGACUCGCCUUCCAGCACGCCCAGUCCCAGUCCAGUGUCCCGGCGCUCCGUCUCCCCAGAACCAGCUCCUCCCUGCUCUCCAGUGCCCCCACCCAAGCCCUCUGGAUCUCCCCGAACACCUCUGCCCUCGCUCCCUAUGCCCCUCCAGGAUGGCUCUGCCUCGGCCCCUGGCACGGUUCGCAGACUGGCCGGCAAGUUUGAAUGGGGGGCUGAAGGCAAAGCCCAGUCCUCAGACUCCCUGGAGCGAUGCUCCCAAGGGGGCACUGAUGUGAAUGGGGAGAGAGAGACUCCCCCAGCCAUCCCUUCCGGGAAUGGGUCCCAGGAGAAUGGCACUCCAGAUGCUGCCCUGGCCUGCCCUCCUUGCUGCCCCUGUGUCUGCCAUGUAGCAAAACCUGGCCUGGAGCUCCGAUGGGUGCCUGUGGGGAGUUCUGAUGACAUCCUCAGGGUCCCCUGCCGGGCAUCCCCACUGCGAGCCUCCCGCUCCCGCAUCAACCCACCGGUCAUCAGCCACCCUCCAGUGGUCCUCACAUCUUACCGCUCCACUGCCGAGCGCAAACUCCUACCUCCCCUCAAGCCCCCCAAGCCGACUCGAGUCAGACAGGAUACCAGCACCUCCGGGGAGCUUCCACAGCCGGACCUGGAACUGCCUUCAGAAGAUGGGAUCCAAACAGGGGACAGGCCUGAAGAAGCACCUCAGAAUGUUCCUCCUGCGGCCUUGGAGGGAAGGGAUGAGGAAGGGCUGGAGGGGUUGAAGGAGCAGCAGUGGGAGCUGCCCCUGCAGGACGAACCUUUAUACCAGACCUACAGAGCAGCUGUGCUCUCAGAGGAGCUAUGGGGUGUGAGCGAGGACGGGAGCCCCUCUCCGGCUAAUCCCGGAGAAGCUCCCACCUUCUCCAGGCUCCCUGGACCUCGAAACACUCUAUGGCAGGAGCUCCCAGCUGUACGAGCCAGUGGCCUCUUAGAGAGCCUAAGCCCCCAGGAAAGACGCAUGCAGGAGAGCCUGUUUGAGGUGGUGACCUCAGAGGCCUCCUACCUACGCUCCCUGAGGCUACUGACCGACACCUUCGUCCUGAGCCGGGCUCUCCGGGACACACUCACUCCUCGGGAUCACCACACACUUUUCUCCAACGUGCAGCGUGUCCAGGGUGUCAGUGAGCGGUUUCUAGGGACAUUACUGUCCCGUGUUCGCUCCUCCCCACACAUCAGCGACCUGUGUGACGUGGUGCAUGCCCACGCAGUUGGUCCUUUCUCAGUGUACGUGGAUUAUGUACGGAACCAACAGUACCAGGAGGAGACCUAUAGCCGCCUUAUGGACACUAACGUGCGCUUCUCUGCGGAGCUGCGACGGCUGCAGAGCCUCCCCAAAUGUGAGCGGCUCCCACUGCCAUCUUUCCUGCUACUACCCUUCCAGCGGAUCACCCGGCUCCGAAUGCUGCUGCAGAACAUCCUGGGCCAGACAGAGGAGGGGUCCAGUCGCCAGGAGAACGCCCAGAAGGCCCUGGGUGCUGUGAGCAAGAUCAUCGAGCGCUGCAGCGCUGAGGUGGGGCGCAUGAAGCAGACAGAAGAAUUGAUCCGCCUCACCCAAAGGUUGCGUUUCCACAAGGUCAAGGCUCUACCCCUGGUCUCUUGGUCACGGCGCCUGGAAUUACAGGGGGAGCUGACAGAGUUGGGAUGUCGGAGGGGGGGCGUGCUCUUCACCUCCCGCCCCCGCUUCACUCCCCUCUGCCUGCUGCUCUUCAGCGAUCUGCUGCUUAUCACUCAGCCCAAGAGUGGGCAGCGGUUGCAGGUUCUGGACUAUGCCCAUCGCUCCCUGGUGCAGGCCCAGCAGGUUCCUGACCCAUCUGGACCCCCUACAUUUCGCCUCUCCCUUCUAAGCAACCACCAGGGUCGUCCUACCCACAGGCUACUCCAAGCCUCCUCACUGUCGGACAUGCAGCGCUGGCUGGGGGCCUUUCCCACCCCAGGUCCCCUUCCCUGUUCCCCAGACACCAUCUAUGAAGACUGUGAGUGUUCCCAGGAGCUGAGCUCAGAGUCUUCCACACCGUCUAAGACAGAGGGGCAAAGCCUGGAUUCCCAGCCCCCCCGCAAGCAUCCCCACAAGAAUCCUGAAGGUUGGCUUAAGGGGCUUCCUGGAGCCUUCCCUGCCCAGUUGGUGUGUGAAGUCACUGGAGAACACGAAAGGAGGAAGCAUCUUCGCCAGCAUCAGAAGCUUCUUGAGGCUGUGGGACCCUCUCCAGACACUUCUGACACCCCUCAACCCUAACGCAGGCCAGGGAGAGGGCACAGAUUGGGACACUGGCAGCAGCAUGGAGAAGAUGAAGUCUGCCCAUCUAUCCGUAUCCCUCUACCGUCUGUUUGCUGCCAGAGGAAACACUACCUCUAGUGGAACCAACGGAGCUAGAGCUUCAGGACCGA